UGUAGGUGUAUCUUUGUCAAUACUCAUCAUAAUAGCUGCACCAUUUAUAAGUUGACGCGUUAGGGCACGGACAGAAUAACCGUCACCUCACAAAGAAUUAAGGACAAAACAAGGAAAAUGUACAAGUUAUCAGUGUUCGUCUUAGUUAUCAUCAGUACUAUAGUAGUAUCAGAAGCAUGCGACUGUACAAAAACAUCAUUGAAAUCAGUACUUAAAGACAACGACUCAUUCUUAAUCAAAGGAAAAGUUCUGAGCUCUGCUGAAUGGUUUACAGGAUUGAAUAUUGAUUUUGAUAUCGAAAAAGAUUAUAAAAGCAACGUGAAAGAUAUAAAUGGUAUUCAUCGUCAACAAGUCGUUUUAUUGUCACCUGUUAUUCAGAUGCAUUGUGGGAUAAGUCUUGAAGUUGACAAAUGUUAUCUGAUAUCGGGGAAACUUCAGCGUGAGACACACGACAUUUAUUACAGAGUAAAUUCUUGUGAGCUUCUGGUUGAAUGUAAUAAAGCAAGAAAACUUAAGAGAAUGGAGAAAAAAGUUAAAAGUUACCAGGCUUCAGCUAAGCCAGCAGGUUAAAAUAUAUUUGUUGACAUCACGAUUAAAAUUGAAUAAUAA